UUCAUACGAUAUGUCCUCACUAUCACUUGAAAUAGCUAGUUGAUCACCGAGGAACAGGUCAGUUCCGCGAUUUCCGUGUUCUCGCAAGUUUGUUCCGUGUGUCGCGAUGGCUAGAGGGGCUGAUCUCCCUCGCUCCUCCUCUCUUUCGACUGGUGCACACACACGCGACACACACGCAGGAAGCACGUUAUUUUUGUCGGCACGAAUACCCGGCACGUAGCCUAGUCCAGAGUCGCUAACCCAGGGAAUUCGAGCGCGUCUUCUUCUUCUUCGAGGAGCCUCGCUCCUAUCCAGUGUCGCGUCUCUUCGACUGCGAUUUCGACCGACGAGCCGCCAUCGGCUGACCCAUAAAAUCGACCAACGAAAUCGAUCGACGCACUGGAACUUGUAUUCCAGGUGGCUGGCAAGGGGAGGAGGUGAACGAGACCGAGGUGGCGGUCACAGAGAAAAAAGUACACGACGAAUUAAUCGAAAGAUUGCCCGCCGACGAAAUGCACGCAGCAAGCACCAGCGACAAGCACUUCUCUUCGGAGAAGUCCGAGGGUGGAGGCGAGAGCCAAAUGCUGACCAAAAUGUCUCAGACCAUCACAGAGUCCUCUACCACCCAUACGACCACGAAGAAGGAGUACGUCUCGUCGAUGACGUCCUCGACCUUGACGAAGUCUGGACAAGAACCCAGCAGCGUCAGCGUGAAAACUACUAUUCACAGUACGGAACAGUCGUCUUCGGAGAAUGGAGCACCCCCUGUUGUGCAGGCCUAUAGAGUGGAAGAACACGAGAAGAUCGUUCAAGACCAACCAGGCGAGAUUCGUCAAGAGAAGACCGUAGUAGUGUCCCAAGAUGAAGAAGGAAUCAAACGAGACAUCAAAUCUGCACAAAUAUCAAAACCAACUAGAAAAUCCACGGCACCGAGAUUUGUUUCACCCAUCACAGGGAUGAUCGUAGAUCAGGGUACAGAUAUCAUCCUCGAGGGGAUCAUCGAUGGAUACCCUCAGCCUUCUAUCAUCUGGUCGAAGAAUGGGCAAGAAUUAAAGACGAAGGACGGGAUAACGAUCACGUACGCGCACAAUCACGUUCGCUUGGAAUUGAAAAACGUAAAUGUCAAAGACGCCGGACGGUAUACUUGCACGGCCAGCAACGAAGUCGGUACUGCUAGUAGCACUGCUGAUCUCGUUGUGAAAAAAACGAUAUUCCCGCCGGUGUUUGGCAGGAGAUUGCAAGCUCAAGUCGUGAAACGCGGAGAUCGUGUUAAUAUGGAAGUAGAAAUCACAGGUACGCCAGAGCCCACGGUUACGUGGUUCAAGGACGAUGUUCCAAUCAAAGAACGUCCACCGGAGUUGAGGAUCAAGCAGCAAGGGAAUUGUUACAUGCUACUCAUCGACAAAGCUGAGAAAGAGCACGCUGGGAAAUACAUGAUUCGGGCAACGAAUGCCGGUGGCGAAGCUCAAAGUAUAGCCGAUUUUGCUGUCUUCGAGCCAACGCCAGACACCAUGGUCGAGGUCCAUAAAACUGUCAUCUACGAGAACGUGCAAGACAAGAAAGUCGUUCAGUCCGACGAGAAGAAGAGCGACCUCCCCUCUGUUAAACAAUCAACAACCGAACACGUGACAGCGACGAAAAUUCAACCCACUCCACCGUUAAAAACAACCCCGAUAGUAUCGUCGACCUCCGUGGCUGAAACAACCAGAACGAUCGAGAAGAUCGAAGAACCAGGAACCAAGAUGAGUCGCUCGGAAACGAUCUCGUCCACCGUCGAGUCUCACCAAAGUCAGUCCAAGUCCGAGCAGAAGUUCCACAUGAAGCUGGAGCACAAAACGCCUAGCAUCACGAUAGAGCCGAAGACAGACGAGAAAGUUUUGUUGAAGGAAACAGUUCGCGAGGAAGUGGAGAAGAGGAUCGAACUACCGAGGACUACGGUGGUCGAAGAGAAAAUCGAGAACGAGAACAUCGAGACGUCGACGAUAGCGAAGAAAGACGCGUUGAGUUUCUUCGAAUCGAUGACGAGGGAAACGGAGGCAUCGCUGCCGAGAGGUCCGAAAGAGAUGAUCAAGUUAGUGGACGACGCGGACGGCCACGAGGUGAAGGUUGGAAAACUGACGAAGAACUACGAGAGAUCUACCACCUUCCAAGAAGUGAAGAGACCGGAACAGAAGCCUCCCGAGCUGCAAGCAACAAAGAAAGCGGUCCACGAGAUAUUCACGAAGUUGGAACAGGGGAGCACGGCUUCUCGCGGAGUGGACAACAAAUUGUUCGACUUCCCGUACGAACCGUACAAGCCACCGGUAGAAACGAAGAAAACAGUAACGGAGGAGGCGAUCUCCUCCUCCGUUCAAGAAUCUCACGUCCAUCACGUGUCGAAGAUAGAGAGCAAGAUGGAGAGUAAAACGGAGAGCAAGUCAGAGAACAAGUCGGAUAUAUUGAUGGAAGGUUUCAAAUUGGUGCCGGAGCCACCCCCGGAGAUCGGUUACAUGCCGAAGCCCGACGAGUUAAAAAAAAAACGCCCCGACGUGUCGAUCAAGGCUAAGCAGCUGCAGGAAUCCUUCGACAAGACCCUCUCCCCCAUAGAAGCGCCUGUUGGCGGUGUGAAGAUUUUCCCCACGCCCUCUCCAAAAGUUAGCGAACCUCCUCCAAGAGCUGCGCCGACCUUCUCCGUACCACCCCCGCCCUUCGAACUCGAGAAGAAAGAGACGAUCGAGGAGCCGUGUGUCAAGAAGGAUGUCCACGAGAGGAAGGAUUACUCGUUCUCGUUCAGAGCUGCCUCACCUACCAGGCCGUUGUCGUCCUCGUCUGAGUUUGAAACCAGGUCUCACGUGUCCACGGAUCUCUCGGAGUACAGGUGUCAAUCGGCCGCGUCGAGUCACCAGGAGAUUCUCAGGUCCGCCUCGCCCAGACCUUCGGCAGACGCACUGGCCAUGGAGAAAUCUUGGGCGAAGAAGUGCGCCGAUUCCACGAGGAAGUCCUGGCCUCCGCAGGAGGACGCCGGUGUGAAAUUUAAGCAGGAAUGGCAGACACCGGGCGAAGAUUUCAAAAGCACGCAAAAGGAAGUUAGAAGGGAAGUGGAGGAGACUGAAGGGGGUAUUAAGAAGACCAGCGUCGAGUCUUCGAGUACCACCGAGAGACGUUCGUGGAGCUCGAAGCAGGAGUCGAUGGAAAAGGUGUCGAAGAGAGCUCCGUCCCCGCCCAAGGCCCAGCCGAUUAUUUACAACGCCGAGACCAUCAAAGUGGACCACGUGGUGAACAAAAUGGAGGAGAAGUCUCUGUACGAGAAAUAUACCAGCGAACUCGACACGAAGAGGUCCGAGACGUCGGAGAGGAUCGAGGAGAAAUAUUCGAAGAAAUGGGCAGGAUCCGACGACUUGAAGGCUCCCAGUCUCGUAAGAAGCGUCGAGCCACCGAAGAGACCGGUGGUUCAAUUGUAUCACCUGACCCCAACUACGCCAACUGAUCAGAUUAUCCUGGAACCGGGACCUCCUCCAGAAAUCGGAUAUAUUCCAGCUCCAGUGGUAAAGGAAAAGAAGCUCGAGAAGAUAGAGAAGACGUUGGAGGUCUUGGAGCAUCAGCCAGCCAAGAUCCCCCCUGGAGGGAUCAGAACUAUCCCUCCAACUGCAAAGAGGGAAGAACCUCCUCCCGCGUUGCCACCCAAAGACGUCAGAAUCACUCCUCCGCCGAUUCCAGCCAAGACACAGACACCUGUAGAGCCACUAGAACCGUUCCCGUUCAAACCUUCUGCUCCAACGACGAUCAAGACACCGACGAAGACACCACCUCCUCCGACUCCGACGAAAUUCGUCAAAGUUGGCGCAAGCUUCACGCAAGAAAGUGAUUACGAGUCGGACGUGGACGGUUUGAUGAAGGCGAAGUGGAGGCCGUACGAGAGCGACACCGAGGAGCCGCGUUAUCGAAGGGUUCAGCCACCGGUGCCUAAGCAGCCUGCUAGACCGAGAUCCACGGAGCCUGAGCCGCUUCCUCCUUCAAAAUUCGAGGUCCCUCCGGCGACUGUCGGCCCGCCAAGACCGACGUCCGUGAUCGCGAAGGAAGAACAGGAGAAAGUUUAUAAGAAAACGACGACGUUCAAGAGGCAAGAGAAGGAGAUAAAGGAACAGCAGAAAUACCAAACGGUUCAGCCACCUCCGCAGAUCGAGCUGAAGCCUGGCUCUCCUCCUAUCUACGUUCAACCAGUCGCGAAGAGUCCAACGCCGAGAAGUCCACCCGCCAGGAAGCCAGAGUCUCCUAAAUUCAAGGUGAAGACGUUCCAGCAGGAGAGCGGAUACAUGGCGGACACCGACGAGCCGUUUCAGCAGAGGAGCUCGGUUCAGUCGAUGCAGAAGAGUUUCGGCAAGCACGAGUCCUCGUCGUCGGUGACCUCUCACACGGAGUCGCGCACCUCGUAUCAGGAGAGUCGAUCGGAAUACUUCGAGAGCAAGUGUUACGACAGCCGACAGCAGCAACAGAAGAAGGAAUCGUUUGUCACGUCGCCUGCUCCUUCGAAGCAGCCGGUUCAGCCAGCCAGCGUUCAACAACGUAGCUCGUUCGUCGAAAAGAGCUACGCACCUUCCGCGUCUUCCCCGUCGAGAUUCAGUUCCACGAAGGAAACAAUUUACACCACAGAUCAGUCGCAGAAGAAGUUGGAGACAACGAAGAAGAUCCUGCCACCCUCUCCGAGUCCUUCUAAAUUCGUGAAGGGCGAAUUUCGUGAAAGCGACUACGAGAGCGACUAUGACGGCAGAAUACCACCUCUUUGGAAGCCGCGAGGCUACGAAAGCGACGAUCAGACUUUCAGAUCCGUAAAGCUCGCUGGUCCAGGCAAACCGAAGGAGCCUCGGGCGCCGCUGGUCGAGCAGAUCUCGCCGAAGGAGCAGAGAAUCUCGACGGCCACGCCGACCAAACAGAAGACCGUUCUCCUACCUGGCACUCCGCCAGAGAUCGCCUAUGCUCCUCCUCAGCCGACCUACUACGAGGCUCGAUCCGGCGUUCCCUUCCACAACGCGAUCGGCACUGAAACGAAGAAAACAGUGAGGAUGGACGAGUCGACCGAAAACAGCAGAAGAAUCGUCACGGUGGAACAGACCAGUCGCGUGAUUAAAUUCGGCGAUCAGAAACCAUCCACCGAUUUUAAGAGCUUCGAAACGUCGACAACCGGCCAACGACCACAGAAGUCCACGUUCAAAGUGCCAACGCCCAAGAAGUUCGUUCAGGGCUCGUUUCGAGAGUCGGAUUACGAGAGCGAUAUCGACACGAGGAUCAAGCCGAAAUGGGCGCCGGCGGACAGUGACACGGAGGAGCCGAGAUACAGGAAGGUUCAACCACCCUCGGUCAAAGGACCUAGGUCAUCCAGCGCUCCGGUUAGACAGCAGCACGUAGUCUCGCCGCUGGAGUUCGACACUGGGCCACCUGUCAUCAAGAGACAAACGUCGAUGACGCAACUGAGGGAUGACAGUCGAACGAGGAAGAUCGACUCGCAGAGCAUUAAAGUACAGAAGGAAGCUAGCUCGAGGACGCAAGAGGACGCGUUGAAGCCUGGAUCGCCACCGGAAUUCGGUUAUAUCUCGAGGAGCGACGUGAAGAAGGCAGCCAAUCACGUCGCGUCGCGUCACAUGACCGACAUGACCAGCAGCUUCAAAUCGAAAACCGAGAAAUUCGUCAGCGACAUCCAGUCGGAUCUGAAGCAGGGUAAGCCGAUCCUCAAACAUCCGGCCGACAGUCGAGCCAGCGAUGGCGACGAGCCCAGAACAUACAGGGAAGAGUCUCGACACUCGGAACAUGGAACGAAGCACAUCGAUCCAGACACCGGGCUGAUAUACUUCAAGUACGACUUUGGCUACGAGUUUGGGAUCGUGCUUCCCGGCGAAGGCAAGCGGACAGUCAGCAGUACGAACAGAACGAUCCAAGGUCAACGACGAGCCAGCGACAUCGAGGUGCCGAUCGUCCACGAGUUCACCACCAGAAAAGAGAACGGCUACGCGAAACGGAGCAGUUCCACGGCGUCUUCGGCGCGGCCGAGCAAAUCGUCGGAGAAAUUCGCCACGUCGAAGACGGUGAAAUGGGAGCCAACGUCGGAGAGCGAGUUCUCGGAGACGGAGGACGUGAGGAACGCGAGGAAAAGGCACCAGGACGGUGGAAACGCAAUGGGGACGCCGCCGAGUCUUGUCAUACCCUGUUCUUCACCAUCGCCAUCCAGAUGGGAUCACACGACGCCCAGUCCACUUUCCUUGAGCCCAAGCUUACCAAGUCUCUCCCCCAGAUACAGUAGUGCCACCGGACCACCCAGCAACGUCGACUCAGCAGCCACUGAGAGACAUCGCGGUGGUGAGCGGACAGACGGCGAGAUUCGAGUGCAUCGUUCAGGCUGAACCACAACCGAACAUCCUCUGGUCCAAGGACGGCAGGAUCAUCGAGAAUUCAUCGUGCUACGAGAUCCAUUAUCGUAACGGCGUUUGUCGUCUGACCAUAGUGCGAGCUUUUCCUGAGGACGCUGGCACUUACGCGUGCACUGCAACGAAUAGCUUAGGUUCGACGGUAACUUCCGCCAUCUUGCAGGUGCCAGGUAACAGACGAUCAGUAUACGCGCCUAUUUAAUAAUGGUCGAGGAGGGAAAAUAAAUUAAAACGCCAAAAAGAAAAAAAAAGAAAGAAACACAACUCAAUCUAAUACGAAGGUGGUGGAACAUUAUGUCUCUAACUUCAAUCAAACUUCAUGAUUUCGCUUAAUCAGUCUUUUUUCCAUCUUUCAAGAAACAUCCAACAAAUCAUUCAACGAAUAUUUUUCUAACAAUAAUACGAAAAGAAAAAACGUUUCAACUAAAAAAAAAAAAAAAAAAA